AGAGAGAGAGAGAGAGAGAGGGAGGCCGGGCUCUGCGCCGCUACGUCCUGCCAUUCCCACCGAACCGCGCAGAGAGACAGGGUUUGAGCCACCGGGGCAUGACGAAGGAAGAAGGUGGACCUUCUACGUGUGACGGCUGCUCGUAUGAACCACCUCAGCAUCAGCAGCGACUGACGAAGCGAAGGGCAAAACGCGGAGAUGGGGCUGACGGGAGGUGCUGCUGGCGCUCACCGCGGUCUGCGUCAAACCUCUCGCCCCCUCGGAAGAUAAUGCCCUCGGCGUCUCCCAGAGGACUUUUUUUUAAAUCUGUACUUGCUGCAUUGGUCCAUGUCAGCGCCUCGGAGGUAAACGUUCAGUGGGGACGGUGAUGGCCCCCCCUCCUCCAGCAUCUGCAUUGUAAGGGGAAACUCGUCCUGUGGGAGUGGGCUCGUGAAGCAAUUAUGCACUAAUACAAACAACAUAUUUUCUUGUUGCAUUUGAAAAAAAAGAAAAGAAGAAUACAAAAAGCCAGACACAGCCAUAAUUGGAUUACUGGGUGUCGUCGCUUGCCAACAUGAACUCUCUGUUUUACUCCGACCGUCCGCCCGGCCCGGGCUGCAACGUCCCGGCCGGGUCGGGCGCGGUGAGCAGUGCCCUGCGCAACGACUUGGGCUCCAACAUCCACGUGCUGAAGACCCUCAACCUGCGGUUCCGCUGCUUCCUCGCCAAAGUGCACGAACUGGAGAGGAGAAACAAGCUACUGGAGAGCCAGCUGCAGCAGGCUCUGCUCCGCACGCACUACCGGCACCUGUACGCCCGCGAGGUCGCCGUGCAGACGGACGGUGACGACGCGCGAAUGCCGGGAACCAUCUGGAGUUUCACCCACGUGAGGAGACAGGGGGAGCGCCUGGAGACCCUGCGCGCACCCGGGGUGACGUGGUCGCAUCCGGACGGAGUCGGGGUCCAAAUCGACACCAUCACGCCGGAACUGAGGGCUCUGUAUAACGUGCUGGCCAAAGUCAAGCGGGAGAGGGACGAGUACAGGAAGAGAUGGGAGGAGGAGCUGUCCAAGCGAGAGCAGCUGGAGUCCAAGGUGGAAUCCAUGCAGCAGAGCGCCCAGGAGUCGACCGAGGUCCAGGACGAGCUGAGCGAGAAGGUGGACAGACUGAAGGCUGAGCUUGUGGUCUUCAAGACUCUGAUGGGGGAUCAGCAAAUGUCUGACCUGGAUACCAAGAUCCAGGAGAAAGCCCGGCGGGUGGACAUGGACAUCUGCCGGCGGAUCGACAUCACGGCCAAACUGUGCGACGUGGCUCAGCAACGCAACUCCGAGGACAUGUCGAAGAUGUUCAGCAUCGGUCCGGCCCGGUCGCUCCCAGAGAAGGGCGCCAUGGCCUGCUGCAGAAGAAAGGAGCGCAAAGCUGUGUCCGAUGAGGAGAGCUCAGAGAUGGACGCCGAGCUCAGCCCUCCGGAGGACGACGUCGCCGCUUCGCUCAACAUCACGGACGAAAUGAAACGCAUGCUCAACCAGCUACAUUGCUCAGAUAGCUCCUUUGUUGCCAGGCGCGAGACGUUUGAAAUUGACGACGACUGCGACAGUCUGACGUGGGAGGAGAACGAGGAGACUCUGCUGCUGUGGGAGGACUUCGCCAACUACAACUUGCCGUGCGCCGCCCCCCCGGCUGCCGGCGCCGCCGCCGGCCCCUCCGACGGCAGCGGGGGAGCCCCAGAUCCGGACUCCCAGGAUGGAAGUCUCGGCAGCCUCAUUGAUGAGACAGAGUCCCUCUUUAAGACCAGAGAUCAGGAGUACCAGGAGACCAUCGGGCAGAUUGAGAUGGAACUGGCCACAGCAAAGAGCGACAUGAACCGACAUCUGCACGAGUACAUGGAGAUGUGCAGCAUGAAGAGAGGCCUGGACGUGCAGAUGGAGACGUGCCGGCGGAUGAUUAAAGUCGGCAGAAACUCUCCGUCCGCCAGCUCCGUGGCCAGCAGCGACUCGGGGAACACGGACGAGAUCCAGGACGAGAUCUCGGAAAAGGAUGCGGAGGCGCCGGUCCCCGUUAGCUGAUGGCCGUUGUCCCCCCCCUCCUGCUCCUCCUCCUCCUCCUCCCCCUCCUCACAGGGGUCAAAUGUGUGGAGAGCUCCACCCUGCUAGAGAUGAGUUAUGAGGAGAAAGUUUGGGCGUGUUUGACCUGUUAAAGUUCUGAUGCUCAGGACCUGAACUGGUGCUUUAAUACUAUUUGUGUGUGUGUGUGUGUGUGUGUGUGUGUGUGUGUGUGUGUGUGUGUGUGUGAGUGUGGCGUCUUUGCUUCACACAAAGAGAAUGGGUGCAAAUAAAGUCCGAGCUGUGCUCUCUUCGUCACUGCUGCGCUGGAUCCCUUUCCAGAGCAUCGCAUCACUUUAGGGCGGAGAGAAAUGAUCUGUAAUAUUUUACACUAGCUGAGAUGUAUUUUAUACAAAUUCUUACCCUAUCAAUGUCCUUUUAUUCUAAAGGAAUUUAAAAUAGUACAUAUUGUGCUCCUCCGCAUAUAAUUAUUUUAAAAAAUGAUCAUGUGUAUUUUUACAUACCUUUAUGUUUAAUUUAAGGAAAAACGAAUGUGCGCCUGAAUUGGAACAUCAUUUUGUUUUCGUUUUGCGGUCCAAAUUAAACUGUUGGGGGUUUAAGUGUCUUCUGCCAAGGAGACAAAACAAGGAGUGAAGACAAAUGGUGUAACAGUUCUGGUGGUUUCUGAGGGAACUCCGCAGAGUUGCCAAAGCCGAAAGAGGAAAGGAGCACAGCCUUUUGAUGCAUCCGUGCACUACGGACACUCUAUGCAACUAGCUGGCCUUAUUUUUGGACUGGCUUUCAUCCUUCUUUGUUUCUCUUGGAACCAAUACGAUUAGCCUUUUCAGCAAAGCAGGUGUUUUCUAUGUAUCCUUUUGAGAACUCGUUUUAGUGUGUGUGUGUGUGUUUAAGCGUAAAGUAGUUUUAGUAUGGGACUGACUUCUAUCUUGAUUUGUUACUUUAGCAGUCAACAUUUGCCUGAUGCUACUCGCUACUGAAUGAAGUAGCACGUUGCUCUGUUUCUGAUGUACUAAACAUGGUUCUCACCUACGACACAUUAUUUUGCGCUCAUCUAAACGUGUGAUUUGAAAUUGCUUAAAAUCCUGUAUUUUUUAUGAAAGGAAUUCAAAGUGAAGUCAUUGAAUCCAACACAAUGUCCUCCCAACGUCUCAUGAAAAAAACCAAAGGACGCAUUUUUGAAAAGAUUCCCUUUUAAAACCUUCAUGGAUUGUUUUGUGUGUGGUUAUGAUGAGCCGUCACUGCAUCUGUAUUCCAGAUGUGUUGCACGUCCUGAAUCAGGGGCCUAAAGUGUCAGUAAAGUUGUACAUGGAGGGCUGCAGGCAUGUGACCGUUUACUCCCAGAGGCCUUUUACUUCAUAUUACGUCUCCUGGCAACCGAUUGAGAUGCCUGUCGUUGGGUUCGGCGAGGAAAGUGGCCGACGCGUGGGGGGGGGGGGG